AUGGCGGGCCGAAGCAUCAUCACACCGCUCACACGAGUGCUGCCGUCGGUCAAGACACCGGUCGUGCUGGGCGCCAUGGCUGGCGCUUCGGGCGGUCAGCUCGCAGGCGCCGUUUCUUCAGCAGGAGGCUUUGGUUUCAUCGGUGCAGGUUAUCUCACGCCGACUACGCUGCAGUCUGAAGUGGACCAGGCGUAUCAGCAGCUGUCCAUCUCCCACGUCGAGCUGCUCUCCAGUCGCAAGAGAGCGGACUUUGGCAUCGGCAUUCUCGUCUGGAGACUCACCGAGCUCAACGACGGCAAGAAACCAGGGCAGGCAGCCAGGCCCAACCAGACCGUCAGCGACUUCCUGGACGUCAUUGUCAAGGCACGACCGCGCGCCGUCUGGCUCAGCUUCGGAGACGAGCAAGAGCUGGUAGGAUGGCAAAAGGUGAUCGCCGAUCUCGACGCACAGCACAACGGCGACCUCCACGGCAACACAGACGAACAGAUCAAGUGGUUCAUCAUGAUCGGUCGGGAGCAGGAGCUGCCAGCUGCUGUGGAGAAGUGUCGCUGCGACGUGCUCAUCGUUCAAGGCUGCGAAGCGGGAGGGCACGGGCACUCGCAAGCUCCACCCCUUUCCGCUUUGCUCGCCGAAGUCUUGAAACGCUUGCCAAGCCUCAAACCCAACAAUGCAGCACAGACCACGCCCCCCUUGCUCGGAGCAGGAGGUCUCGCUGACGGCCGCUCUCUCGCAGCCCUCCUCGCAGCAGGCUGUGCCGGUGGCGUCUAUGGCACACGGUUCGUGCUGACGCCUGAGUCGACGUACUCGCAGCUGCAGAAGGAAGAACUCGUCAAGGCCAAAGGCUCUGCGACGCUUCGUACUUUUGCCUUCGACGAUGCCCGGGGCACGCUUGGAUGGCCACAGGGCACCGAUGGAAGAGGAUUGCGAAACAAGACGGUCGAAGAGUACGAGCGCGACUUGCAAGAACAGGUGAAAGCGGGCAAAGACGAUCCAGAGGGUGCGAAGAAGAGAAUGGAGAGGUACAAAUUGGCGGCCAAGGAGAAUGAUACCGAUCGCAUCGUCAUCUGGUCCGGUACGGGUGUUGGCGCCAUGGAUGCUAUCGUGCCAGCUCAGCAAGUGGUGCAGGAUAUCACACACGAAGCGAUUGAGGCGCUGUCCCGAGUUCAGAGCUAUGUUGUCUAA